UCGGGUGCAGACUGGACAGCCUUCAUCCAUCAGCACCAGGCCACCGCGGCACCGCCCACGUCCGCAGUUCUGCACGUUUGCACGCCUAAUCCAUGCCGCGUGCCUUUGUGUCCUGACUCCUGACCGGGCGCGGACUAUGCCAUGGCAUGGCUGGGGCAGGCAUGCGCGAGUCAGCGCAUCGCCACGUGGCCGUGACCUGCUCCGUCGAGCGAGUCUCCCCCUCUGCCGCCCCCCGUCGUCGCACCGACAGCCACUGACCAGGCGGCCCCUCUGUCUCGCGUCGCAUACAAGGCCAGCAGAUCUCUCUCCGGCGCCCGGAGGUGGCAUUGGCAAUGGCCCGAUGGCGUGUCGCGCCACCACUCGCCGUCCUGCUCCUCGUGCUCCUGUCCACCGCGGCGCGACCGUCUGUGGCUCAGCCGAGCAACAACAACAGCACGAGCAGCCAACACCACUCCCGAACCACCGCCGGCGGCGGGUUCACCCCAACCACAGUGAUCGUGCUGGUGGCACUCAUCUCCGCCCUCGUCGUGCUCACCCUCUUCUCCAUCUACAUCAACCGCUGCGCGCCGACCCGCCCUGCUCCCCCGCGCCGGCCGUCCCGCUACGCCCCACCGGACCACCAGCACCAGGCCGGAGGGAGCGCCGCCCACCCGGACCCCCGCGGUGGCGGCGCGCGCGCCGGCCUCGACAAGGAGGUCGUCGAGUCGUUCCCCACCGCGGUGUACGGCGACGUGAAGGCGCGCGUGGCGGCCAGAUCGGGGUCCGGGUCGGGCCCGCUCGAGUGCGCCGUGUGCCUCGCCGCGUUCGAGGACCAGGACGAGCUCCGGGUGCUCCCCGCCUGCUGCCACGUCUUCCACCCGGACUGCAUCGACCCUUGGCUCGCCGGCGCCGUCACGUGCCCGCUCUGCCGCGCCGACCUCACGGCCGCCGCCGCGCCUUACUACCCUCCCGCGUCCUCUGACGGCUCCGGGUCCGGGUCCAACCUGGCGGCGCGCCCGCACGAAGCGGUGCGGGAGGAGACGGACGACGAGGAGGAGCGGGGCGAGGCGCGCCUCGUCGCCGCUUGCACGCCCGAGUCCGUCGUCGCCAGCCUCGGCGCAGCGCCCCCCUACCACGAGUUCCACUACCGGCGGACGCAGUCCGCCAUGGACGUGCCCGACCGGCACACGCUGCGGCUGCCGGAGCACGUGAUGAAGGAGCUCACCGCGGUGCGCGGGCACCGGCGGGCCGCGAGCCUCGCCGCAUACCCCGGCGCCGCGGAGCGGACGCCCGGGUGGCUGGCGUCGAUCUGGCGGUCCGUGUCGUGGCAGCGGCCGAGCCGGACGGAUCCGGACGCCGUCGACGACAGCGGCGGCAGCAAGCGCGUCGUCCCGAUCAACGGGGCACCGGCGGAAAGGCCCAGCGGCGGGUCAGGGGAUGAUGCUACGGACGACAUGGAGAAGCCUGACCAUGACGCCUUGUUAAACCAGGUCUGAUCGAUUUGCAUUUACCUUCGCCAUGCGAGGACGAUGGUCAUUGAUCGGUGUCGUCUAAGUGCUGUGCUGCUUCCCUCCGGGAAAAAUUUGCGAUUCUAGUUUGGUUUCUAGCUAAACGUUUUAAACCUGAACUAAAAAAUUAUAUAAAGGAGUAUACCCGACGUUUUCGUCUUAGACAUUAGAAAUUAUAGAACUGCAUUUUUUUCAGACGGAGGGAAAAGUAACGUGGAUGGUAUGGUAGAAAGAAUCAGCAUGUCGGAUGCUUUCCAUCCCGGUACUAGUACAUUGUUUUUUUAAUCUGGAUAUGAAUGCCUCAAGAAAUUGGUCACUGUAAUAAGAUAGUAACCGCGGCCCGCGGUUACUUGGAAGUCCUUGAUUGCCUCCAGCUGUGGCAUGAAGUUGUACAGUAGACUCCACGGUAGGCAUGACAUGAGACAGUACGAGUGUACGACUGCAAAAAAAAAAAAACAACGACGCCGGUUGCCGGAGCUAUUUUUUUUCUUUUUA